AUGAACUUCGGGCUGUUCGUGAAACACUACCGUAAUCAAGUCAUUGUCAGCAAAGUAGAGAAUGCAAGCGCACCACUACAGUCACUGGAUCACAUUAUACAAGUCAAUGGGAUGCCAGUGUCAGAUAAGGAUGUCUGCAAAACACUAAUGGUGAAUGCGCUCCAGAGGGACAGCGUGGUUAACCUGCUCAUCGAAAGGCCGAUUGAUCCAGCUGCAAAAGAACUCAUGGAGGUUGGUUGUCAACCGAGUCAUCAGAUGACGCAUGUCAAAAAUUGA